AUGGGAGCACCCAGCCACACAAUUGAAAAUUGUAGAGCUUUCAAGCAUAAAGUGCAGGAUUUAAUUGAUGCCAAAGCCAUUUCGUUCGCACCUAAUGGCCCUAACACCAAUAACAAUCCUAUGCCGCCACAUGCCGGUCCUUCUGUGAGCAUGACCGAAGAAGAGAAGAAGGUGAUGUAUCGUGUAGAGGAGAUAAGAACUUUGUUGGCUGUUGUCAAAGAGCAAUUAUUGAUGAAUGAAGUACAUCCUGGGUGUGAUGCAGAAUGCGAAGGCUGUUUGGUGAAUCCCCAAGAUUUUGAAAAGUUGAAAGUGGGUGUUCAAAAGUUGAUCGACCAGGGAGUGAUGAUAAUAGAACAUAUGUUUGCUGCUAAUGAGGUAUCCACGCUUGAAAUUCCAUAUGAUCUUGUACGAGUACCUGUCGAGAUCCCUUAUGAUCCGAUUCCAGUGCCUGCUACAGCAUACCCGAUCACAUCACUUGUAAUUACGGUCCCUGCUCCGUUUGCUUUUGGUAACACAAAGGCAAUGCCAUGGAAUUAUGAAUCGAAGGUCUAUUUGUAUGAGCAAGAGAUGAAGGAAGAGCCUGUCAAGCCUGAAGAAGCUAGUGUGAAUAUUACUGGAGCCGGGGGCAUAACCCGCAAUGGUAGAGUAUUUGCACCAGUACCUCCCGCAGACAAGGGCGAUCAAGGAGCCUCAAGCAGAAACCCUGGCAAAAAAGUGGUGAAUGAUGAUGGCCAAGGGCAGAACGCGGCUCAGAAAGUAACUCCUACUGACGAAGUGGACGAAUUUCUCCGCCUUAUCAAGAAGAGUGACUACAAAGUGGUUGACCAUCUCAAUCAGACACCGUCGAAGAUAUCUAUGCUUGCACUUUUGAUGAGUUCAGAGGCGUACCGAGAAGAUCUAAUGAAGUUCUUAAGGGCCGCAUAUGUCCCUCAAGAAAUAUCGGUGAACCAGUUUGAAGCGGUGGUGGCCAAUAUAUCUGCUAGCAGUUGUCUGGGUUUCAACGAUGAUGAAUUGCCACCCGAAGGUAGAAACCAUAACAAAGCGCUCCACAUUUCGAUUGAAUGUGUGGACACAGUCUUAUCAAGGGUAUUAGUGGAUACCGGAUCUUCAUUAAAUGUUCUACCCAAGAACUCGCUUUCCAAGCUGACCAUUGAAGGAUUGUUGAUGAAACCCAACUCGCUCAUCGUGAGGGCAUUUGAUGGAUCAAGGCGAACAAUGAUAGGAGAGGUUGAUCUCCCCAUGAAGAUAGGGCCUCAUAUAUUCUUCAUCAUAUUCUACGUGAUAGAUAUUUACCCCGCCUACAGCUGUCUCCUGGGACGCCCAUGGAUACACUCGGUUGGCGCCGUGACCUUAACCCUCCACCAGAGACUGAAGUUCAUGAUUGACAAUAAACUGGUAGUGGUGAAAGGAGAAGAAGAUAUAGUGGUAAGCCAUUUGGAAUCGUUCAAGUAUGUUGAGGUUGGAUGA